UCUGCCCGUGUCUGUGUGCGUGUCCGUGUGUGUGUGUGUGUGCGCCCUGGCGUGUGCAUGUGUGCGUGUGUGUGUUAGGAGAUUAUGGAGAGCAGCGACCGGGACAUGUACCGCCAGUUUCAGGACUGGUGUCUCAGGACUUACGGGGACUCAGGAAAAACCAAGACGGUGACCCGUAAAAAAUACGACCGGAUCGUCCAGCUCCUGAACGGCUCCGAGUCGAGCUCCACGGAUAAUGCCAAAUUCAAAUUCUGGGUCAAAUCUAAAGGCUUCCAGCUCGGCAACUCGGACGAGGUCAGUGGUGGUGCUGGAGGAGGGAAGCAAGUGCUGUACGUGCCAGUCAAAACCACGGAUGGAGUAGGUGUAGAUGAGAAGCUGUCUUUACGGCGGGUGGCCGUCGUGGAAGAUUUCUUUGACAUUAUCUAUUCCAUGCAUGUUGAAACUGGGCCCAAUGGAGAACAAAUCAGAAAACAUGCUGGACAAAAGAGAACAUACAAAGCAAUUUCAGAGACCUAUGCCUUCCUACCGAGAGAAGCGGUGACACGAUUUCUAAUGAGCUGCUCAGAGUGCCAGAAAAGAAUGCAUUUAAACCCAGAUGGAGCGGAUCAUAAAGAUAAUGGAAAACCUCCAACUUUGGUGACCAGUAUGAUUGAUUACAACAUGCCCAUUACUAUGGCUUAUAUGAAACACAUGAAGCUGCAGCUACUAAACUCACAGCAAGAUGAGGAUGAAAGUUCUAUAGAAAGUGAUGAGUUUGAUAUGAGCGACUCAACUAGAAUGUCAGCUGUGAACUCUGACCUCAGCUCAAAUCUGGAGGAGAGAAUGCAAAGUCCUCAGAACCUCCAGGGCCAGCAGGAUGGAUGA